UCCCGUAAACAUCAGAAUCAAGGAAGCGCUGUGUAGCCCAUGCUGAUAGCAAUAAGACCCCUGUGAGACCAGGCGCUGAGUGAUAUCCUUGUGUAGGGCGCUCACACAUAGCUGACCGUACUGACCGAGAGUCCGGCCCAAUCAGCAGAUUAGUGGUGCUGUAAGUCGCCGACAUGUUCAGCUGGCUGGGGAAGCAGGACGGGAAAGGGCAUCAAGAUGUCCUGCAAACGGUGACAGGUGGCUUGCAGUCUCUAUAUACCGGGAAGCUCCUGCCCCUGGAAGAGCAUUACCGUUUCCAUGAGUUUCACUCACCGGCUUUGGAGGAGGCCGACUUCAAAAAUCUGCCCAUGGUGUUGCUGGUGGGACAGUACAGCACGGGCAAGACCACGUUUAUCAGGUAUUUACUGGAGCAGGACUUCCCAGGAAUGCGGAUAGGCCCAGAACCGACCACGGAUUCAUUUAUUGCUGUGAUGUAUGGGGACAAAGAAGGAAGUAUCCCAGGAAAUGCACUCGUUGUAGAUCCCAAGAAACCAUUCCGUAAACUUAACAGCUUUGGAAAUGCUUUUCUGAACAGGUUUAUGUGUUCGCAGCUGCCUAAUGAGGUUUUGAAAAGCAUCAGUAUCAUAGAUUCUCCUGGAAUUCUGUCCGGGGAGAAGCAGCGCAUUAGCAGAGGUUAUGAUUUUAGUCAGGUCUUGCAGUGGUUCGCGGAGCGAGUAGACCGCAUCAUCCUUUUGUUCGAUGCCCACAAAUUGGACAUAUCUGAUGAGUUCUCAGAGGCAAUCAAAGCCUUCCGAGGCCAGGAUGACAAAAUCCGAGUGGUGCUUAAUAAGGCUGACCAGGUGGAUACACAGCAGCUGAUGAGGGUCUAUGGUGCCCUGAUGUGGUCCUUAGGGAAGGUGAUUAACACACCAGAGGUUGUGCGUGUUUACAUUGGCUCCUUUUGGGCCAAACCACUACAGAACACCGAGAACCGGAAGCUGUUUGAAAUGGAAGCUCGGGACCUCUUCAAGGAUAUUCAGAGCCUUCCGAGAAAUGCUGCCCUGCGUAAACUGAAUGACCUUAUCAAAAGAGCGCGGCUUGCUAAGGUACAUGCUUAUAUCAUCAGUCACCUGAAGAAAGAGAUGCCGGCCGUCUUUGGAAAAGAAGCUAAAAAGAAGGAACUAAUUAGCAAACUUCCUGAAAUUUACAGCCAGCUUCAGCGAGAGCAUAGCAUUUCCCCUGGGGACUUCCCUGAUGUUAAGAGAAUGCAGCAACAACUGGAGGUUUAUGACUUUUCUAAAUUCCAUACACUGAAGCCCAAGCUGAUCGAGGCUGUAGACAACAUGCUGGCUAAUAAAAUUGCCUCUUUAAUGAGUAUGAUCCGUGAAGAGGAGAACACCAUGCCUUCUCGGAUGGUACAUGGAGGAGCCUUUGAGGGUACAUCUGAAGGUCCGUUUGGUCAGGGCUAUGGAGAGGGAGCAGGAGAAGGGGCAGAAGACGAAGAGUGGAUCGUUGCCAAAGACAAACCUGCUUAUGAUGAGCUGUUCUACACCCUUUCACCAGUCAAUGGCAAGAUCUCAGGUGUCAAUGCCAAGAAAGAGAUGGUGAGCUCCAAGCUGCCAAAUAGUGUGCUUGGAAAGAUCUGGAAGUUGGCAGAUAAUGAUAAAGAUGGCAUGCUAGACGAAGAAGAGUUUGCUUUGGCAAAGCAUCUUAUUAAAAUUAAACUUGAGGGUUUUGAGUUGCCAAAUGAACUCCCCCCUCAUCUCAUACCACCAUCCCAGAAAAAGCCUGUGCAGGACUCAGAAUGAGGAGCAAAAAAUCUGGUCUUUACAUAGCUGCAAUCCGGCAGAGUAAUAUGUUGUUGACUUGUCGUGACUCGCCUUGUGUUCAUAGCCUACUCUCAAUAUCCACAAAUAUUGUCUUCACUAAAUGCAUGUGGGUUCUCUACAUGAUUAUGUGUCUCCCCUUUCUUCUACAUUUUGAUCAUAAUAUACAGGAACAUCAUGUACAGGAAUGUUUAUUGAUUUUAGUAAGUUUAAUACAGAUGAUGUAGCCGGCAUGUUUCUCUGCAUAAACUAUUUGUCAGAUAAACAUUCAGUGCGUAGCUACAACUAGUAUUUACAGCAUAUAUACAAUGCAUAUAUAAUUAGCUGUUCUUCACGCUGUGCAACUUUACAAGGUGAAGCAUAAUGAAAAUUAUCCAUUCAAGCUAUAUGACAUGUGGGUUUACACAAUUAGCUAUGCUUGAGGCUGUUUUUAAAAUGUUAAAUCCUAUCUUGUUUUUUUGAACAAGCACUAUAGUGAAAAUAACUGUAAUGACUCAACUAAUAGAGCACCAACAUAUGUCUGUGUAUAUACAGCUGUGCUUGAAAAUUGUUUAUUUUUAAUACACAGCUUUGUAAGGUUUCAUUUAUAGUUAAUAUUUAAAUAUUUCUUCCAAAUCUGUAUAAUAAUCUGUGUGCCUUCAUUUAUAUGGAAUUUCCAUUAUUUAUGGAAAUACAGAUUUCUUUGUUUUCUUCAUUUCAGAAUGUGUAUAUAAAAUAUUAAUACACACACUUCUAAUAUCUAAGGUAUAUUCCAUCCGCUCUAUCUAUCUAUUAUUACAUGGCUGGUAAUUUCCUAUUGUCCAUGACUAGGCGUUAUUAAUUGAGCGGUAAACCUAUAGUAUUUUAAUAUAAAUAUUCUUUUUAUGCUCCCCAGUGAUCCUGGGUAUAUUGCAGUAACAUAAUGUUUUACAUAUUUAGAAAGUCUAUGGUAUUAUGAGACAUGCCACUCACUGUAUGUUGAGAUGCCUAAUAGACUAUGUUCAACCUUUAGUGUCUUUUGGGGGUAAUUGUAUCUUCAGCUAUGUAUUCUGCACGCCACAGUAGCUUCUAUGCAACUUUAUGAGUUUCAUUUUCAUUAUACAAAUACAGAGGACAUUUAUUUUUAACAUGAAUAGGAUAAUUGUGUUAUAGUUGUGUUUAUUAAAGCAAUCAUUAUAGUCUUUAUUUCUUUUUUUAUUACCACACUUUAAAGGGACAGUUAAAGGGACACUCAGGUUAAAUUACAUUUUCAUGAUUCAGAUACAGCAUGUAAUUUUAAACUUUCCAAUUUACUUCCAUUAAAAAAAAUGUGCACAGUCUUUUAUAUUUACACUUUUUAAAUCACCAGCUCCUACUGAGCAUGUGCAAGAAUUCACAGACUAUACGUAUAUGCAUUUGUGAUUGGCUGAUUGCUAUCACGUGGUACAGGGGGAGUGGAAAUAGACAUAACUUUGAAAUUUGUUAAACAAAAAUCUACUACUUAUUUGAAAUUCAGACUAAGUGCUAUUGCAUUGUCUUGUUAUCUUGCAUUUGUUGAUUAUGCAAAUCUACUGUGUUUACUGGUCCUUUAACUAAAAAAAAUUACCCCCUUUAAUUUCUUCCCAGUGAUCCACUUUACCUGCUGGAGUGUAUUGAAUUGUUUACAAGUAUUUCCAUUACCCUUAUAUUAACGUUUGAAAUUGUUUAUUUAGCCUGUGUUAUUCCCACUCAUCCUGAAAAGAUUUUGGACUCAAGGCCAAGCUGUGUUAACACAGCCAGUAGAAGAAAUUACACUCCCAGUGGGGUUUAAAAGAAAUACGGUAAUAAAAUGUUAAUUUUC